AUGGUGUAUGAGACGGCAUUCUACGAUAUUUUGGGCGUACAGCCCAGUUGCACACCGGAAGAGCUAAAGAAAGCGUACCGGAAGCUGGCCCUCAAAUACCACCCGGACAAGAACCCGAACGAGGGUGAGAAAUUUAAGCAAAUUUCGAUGGCGUACGAGGUACUGUCCGAUCCGGAGAAGAAAGCCAUCUACGAUGAAGGUGGCGAGGCUGCCAUCAAGCAGGGUACCGGUGGUGGUGGUGGUUUCCACAGCCCAAUGGAUAUUUUCCACAUGUUCUUCAACGGAGGCUUUACCGGACGCAAAAGCGAGCGCAAGUCAUCGAACUUGAUUCACACGCUUGCCGUCACCCUGGAGGAGCUGUACACUGGAACAAAGAGGAAGCUGGCGUUACAGAAGAACGUCAUCUGCGAAACGUGCGAGGGUAUCGGUGGCAAGCGGGGUGCAUCACAGAAAUGUGCCCCGUGCCGGGGGACGGGUGUGAUAACGAAGGUGCAGAAAAUCGCCCCCGGGCUGGUGCAGCAGUGCGAGGAACGGUGCCGAAACUGUCGUGGGCUGGGCGAAACGAUCGACGACAAGGACCGGUGCAAGGAGUGCAAUGGGCGCAAAACCGUGCGGAUCCGUAAAUUGCUCGAGGUGGAAGUAGUAAAGGGCAUGAUGGAUGAGCAGCGGAUCGUGCUGAAGGGCGAAGGUGACCAGGAACCGGACUACCGGCCGGGUGACAUUGUGCUAGUGCUGGAGGAGAAACCGCACCCGAUAUUUAAGCGCACCGGGCAGGAUCUGCUAGCGAAUGUAGAGCUACAACUAUCCGAAGCGCUGUGUGGGUUCCGGAAGGUGAUAAAGACGCUAGACGGGCGCGAUAUUGUCAUCCAGACGUAUCCGGGUGAGGUGGUGAAGCACUGUUCGACCAAGUGCGUCAUGGGUGAAGGUAUGCCACUGGUAAACUCGCCGACGGAGAAGGGACGGUUGAUCAUACAGUUCGUCGUCGAAUUUCCGGACACGCUACCGCCGGAGAUAGUGCCUGAAAUUCGCAAGUGUCUGCCGUACCCGCCGCCGGAACCCAUCCCGGAGGACUUCGAGGAAGUUGACUUGGUGGAUUUAACAGAGGCCCAGUACCAAACGAGGUACGAUGAAGAUGAGGAGGACAGUCAAGAUUCCGGCCGGCUGCCAGGUGGCCACGAACGAGUACAUGUGCAGUCGUGCAACUCGAGUUAA